GCGUCUCGGCGACAGAACGGAGAGAGAAAAAAGGACUUUCCUCCUUAUCUGCAGAGAUACAGCCGUGACAUGUUGGUCAUUUCCCUCUCGAAGCUCCUGCUGUCGUCCGUGGACCGAAAAAACGUCGUUUUCUUCUGCCGCUUGGAUGAAGUUGUGCGUGGAAACUGAUGAUAUUUGAAGCCGCGGGAGGAGGCGGAGGAGGAGGCGGAGGCGCGGGUUUGUCUUCUGGGCUUCGGGUUCAUGGAUGUCGGAUAGAAGCUUGUUUGAUUUGUUGGAAAACUGGAUUAAUACUUGCUGCUUCAACUUUAAUCCGAGAGUGAAAGAAACAAUCGAGUGUUUUCUUGCUGUGAUUUAGUCAGAAGAGAAAAUUAGGAGGAGAAAUUAUGGCGCUAAAAGCCAGAGUUCUGUAUGACUUCACCUCUGAGAACCCUGGAGAGAUCUCCAUUACAGAGAACGAGCUGGUGACCCUGUUCAGUGAGGAGGUGCUGGAUGGCUGGUUGGAGGGGGAGAACAGCCGGGGGGAGGCGGGUCUCUUCCCCGCCUCCUAUGUGGAGGUCAUCAGGGACCACAUCACCUCCACCACCACCACCAACAACAGCUUCUCUCCCAAGCCCAAAGCGCUGACCCCCCCUCACGCCACCUACAUGCCCUCAGAUCCCCCGAGAGGCCUCGGGGCCGGAGGUGGAGGAAGCUUCCACACCAGCCACGGCAGUGAAGAUGACUGGGAUGACGACUGGGAUGACAGCUCCACGGCAACAGAUGAGACUCACGGUUCCAGUAGUGGGACCCCGAUGCACCCGGUGACCACCUCCCUACCCGGGCGUCAUAGUGGCCAGCAGCAGCAGCAGCAGGCCAAGAGCUCACUCACGGUGGGGAGGAACCUGAACAGGUUCUCCACCUUCGUCAAGUCCGGAGGGGAGGCCUUCCUGCUGGGGGAGGCCUCGGCGUUCGUUAAGGAUGGGGAUAAGAUCUGUGUGGUGAUCGGGAAGCACGGGCCAGAGUGGCAGGAGGAUCCGUACCCGUUCACCUGCACCAUCGACGACCCCACAAAGCAGACCAAGUUCAAAGGAAUGAAGAGCUACAUGUCCUACGGCCUCAUGCCGACCCACACCAACGUACAAGUGAACCGCAGGUAUAAACACUUCGACUGGCUGUACGCUCGGCUCGUGGAGCGUUUCCCGGUCAUCUCGGUGCCUCACCUGCCAGAGAAACAGGCGACCGGACGCUUCGAAGAGGACUUCAUCUCCAAGAGGAGGAAAGGGCUGAUCUGGUGGAUGAACCACAUGACGAGUCACCCCGUGCUGGCACACUGUGAUGUUUUUCAGCAUUUCCUAACUUGCAGCGCGGAUGAGAAGGCCUGGAAAAAGGGCAAGAGGAAGGCAGAGCGGGAUGAGCUGGUUGGGGCCAAUUUCUUCCUCACCAUCAGUACGCCUGCUGUGCCUCUGGUCCUUCAGGACAUCGAGUGCAAGAUCGAAGCCUUUAAGACAUUCACCAAGAAGAUGGACGAAAACAUUGUAGUCGUGAACACCACCAUCAACGACUUUGCCCGAAAACAAAUGACGGGUUUCAAGAAGGAGUACCAGAAAGUCGGGCAGUCUUUCAAACUCCUCGGACAGGCGUUUGAGCUGGAUCAACAGGCCUACUCAGCGGGCCUAAACCGGGCCAUUGCAUACACCGGCGAGGCCUACGAGGCCAUUGGCGAGUACUUUGCAGAGCAGCCACGCCAGGAUCUGGAUCCCAUUUCUGAUCUGCUGGACCUCUAUAAAGGACAUUUGGCCAAUUUUCCUGACAUCAUCCAUGUGCAGAAAGGGGCGCUGACGAAGGUCAAAGACUGCCCAAAGAAAGAAGGCGAGCUGCGCGACCGCUGCAACAUCAUUUCAUGCGCCACAUUAGCGGAGAUCCAGCACUUCCACCGUACGCGGGUGCGAGACUUCCGCGCGCAGAUGCAGCACCACCUCCGCCAGCAGAUCAUCUUCUUCCAGAAAAUCACGGACAAGCUGCAGGAUGCGCUCCACCAAUAUGAUGAGGAGCAGUAGGAGGAGGAGAAGGAGGAGGCACUAGAUCGCAAAGCCAAUCAGGAAACCUAAAGAAGGAACCAAAUGGGGGAGUUGGACAAGUCCUACUUCCUGUAAAGACAGUGAGAGUGGAGAUGGUGCUUAUGGAUUUGUUGUCCUUUAACACUUGUGCCGUUGUGGAUCCUGGUCUCGGUGGGACUGGCACUUCAGACAGGACACUGGAUUGCAGGUUGACAACAUUUUGGAUUUGUACAGAAGCUGAUCCCAACAUUUGCCUCUCCAUUCCUACAUUCAGGAUCACCAACCCCCCACUUUGUGGAAACCUUCCAUCUCUUCUCCAAUGAAACACAUUUCGUUUAACACAAAUGUGGGAUUAAUCUCCUUAAAUAUUCCAAAUCUGAGCUAAAUUUGGGUGAUUUUUAACAAAAACAUUUUUAGUCAAGUCAGCUGUGGAUGCAGUGCACACACAGACACAGUGAGAGUGAAAAUUCUGUUACUCUCAGUCUCCCAGACAAUACAUAAUAAAAAGAAAAAACAGAACAGUCUUUUAUGUGCAAAGCUAUCACAACACUAAGAAUAUAAAAUGAAUAUAUAAAUACGGCAGACAGUAGACUGUGGUCAGUGAGGUACCUGAAUGUCUUGUGCAAAUUGAACAGUGAUUCAACAUUGAUGAACUUAUCCAAACUAAGUUAAAGUGCAUGGAGUGAAUAAGCAGUCCGUGGAGAUAUGCUCAGUGUGUGUGAGGUGGGUGUCAGCAGUAAGACGUCAGUGUAUGGGGGUGGGGUGUCAGGAUCCAGAGUUUGUGUGUGUGUGUGUGUGGGGGGGUGGCAGCAGGGGAUAUGAGCGCUCUGACCGCCCGGUGAGUGAAACUGUCAGUCAGUAGGCUGCUCCUGGUCUGGAGACUCCGCAGUCUCCUUCCUGAUGGUAGCAGGCUGGAGAGGCAGUUUAACGGGUGGCUGGGAUCUCCCGCGAUGCAGAUGGCCUUGUGGGUGAGGCGGAUGGUGGAUAUGUCUUGGAGGGGCAGGAGAGAGGUGCCUGUGAUCUUCUCAGCUGCUGUCACGUUGCGCUGAAGGCUCCUGCGGCAGGAUGCGGUGCAGGUGCCGUACUGCACCGUGAUGCAGCUUCAUAAGAUGCUCUCAGUUGCACUCCUGUAGAAGGUGCACACGGUGGGGGGUCAGGGCCCAAGCUCUUCUUAGUCUGCGGAGAACGUAGAGGCGUUGGUGAGCUUUCUUGGCCAGUGAUGUGGUGUUGGUGGUCCAGGAGAGAUCCUCUGUGAUGUGCACACAUGUGAACUUGGGUGCUGCUCACCCUCUCCACAGCAGCACCGUUGAUGGUCGGGCCGGGGGGGGGAGGGUAUUGGGUGUCUGCUCCCCUGAAGUCCACAACAAUAUUGUUUGUCAUCUCCACAGUGCUCACACCUCGUUCCUGUAGUUGAUCUCAUCGUUGUUGCUGACGAGACUCACCGCGGUUGUGUCGUCUGCGAACUUGACAAGGAGGUUGAUGUUGUGCAGUCUUGGCUCAGCAGUGUGAAGAGGAGGGGGCUUUUAGAGUUUGUGUUUACUUGAACAACGUUCACAGUAUUGUGUAGAUAAGGACAGAAGCAUUGUGGGUACAAUCUGCUUCUCAAUCAUGUUUCACUUCCAUCUGAUUUCUUAUAUUUCCUGAAGCUGAGAUUCUGCCGCUGUUUUUUUUUUUUUUUUUAAUGUACUUCCUGUUGGAGCUCGGAAUGAUUUAUUUUUAGGCAAACUAUUUCUUCUUUCCAGAAACGUCUCGUCAAUUCAUGUUUUUUUUGCUGAUUCUACACAAAUACAGUGACAUUCACAAAUAGAGUGAAUAAGUGACAGUGUGCGCCUCAGAACCUUUGUCCUGAGACCUAUGGGUCCUGGUUAGUACCCGGAGGCGAGACCUCUGAGGAAGACCAGGGACUACGCCAGGUCGGGUAUCCAGAGUAAAACCAGUGCAGAUCUUUACUGGAUCCGGUGUGGUGACCCCGAACAAAAUAAAGGACAAACAGAAACGUCACAAAUACAUGAGGUUAAAACAAAAAAUAAAGAUUGAGUCAGAUAGGUCAGAGGUCAAGCUCAGGACAACACAGAGGCCUUGGUUUGUUGUAGGACGAUCACAGCUUACCGACCUGUUAUACCCCCCCAAAAAUAACAAGAAUUUUUAUACCAGUAGAGCAAAAAAUAUGAUUGAAGAUUGUGCUGUGAGACAAACUGUUGUUUCAUAAAACAUACUUUGAUUUGGUUUAAAUAGUCUCAGUUUGCAAAAUGUUUGGAAGAGCUGGUUCCUAAAACCUUAAAAUUAUGAUAGUAAACAAAGAAAAAAAAGGCAUUUACAUAAAGUAAAUUCCUUCAGAACUCAUAAAUUGUGACGCUAAUAACUCUUGAAUGUAAUCAGCAGGGUUCCAAAGUAGAACCGUGUACAGAGUUUGCUGGGACUGAUUAAAGUGGCACCGUUUUCACUAACACUUUGAAAUGUGCAAAUAUUCAACGGAAUUGGUUAAAAGGUUCAAACUACUUGUUGAGAUUAAAUGCUACACUCCACCUUUGUGUGUUACAGCACAUGACAUCAAACUGGUGCAUAAAACAAGAACUUAAUACUAGUUUUGUUCAUUUUGUUCAUUUUUAUCCACAUUGGGUGAGAAACCCCGAUGUGUUAGUAUCCGUCCGUCUGGAGCUACAUCUCAGAGAUCGCACAGGUCACCUGGUAUGCAUAUAUUUGUUGUGAUGUUAGCAGCAAUAAAUAUAAUGUAUGAAUGAACCAAAUUGAUAGCAAAUGCAGGCCUGAUGACAAUUUUAUCAAAAUUUUAAUAGAUGGUAUUAUAAAAGUGAAACUUACAAAGAACAUCAUUAAACUCUUGGUGGCUUUCCAUCAUAUUUGUUUUGGUGUUUGCACCAAUCAAUUACUAUGAUAGCGGGCACGCUGCCAAUUUGUGGCCAUCAAUCCUUCAAACUUCACUUUUUACUGGCUCCUAAAGGUGGCAUGGAGAUAGUACCACGCGACAGCCCUUACUGUCACUAAAUUUGAUUGAGCUCAUCACCACUAGUUUCUCUGGGUUGAGUUUGUUCAGCAGGAUGUACAGAAGAGGGCGAUAAAAUCAUUUAUUAUAUGGCUGCAAUGCUAUGCGCGCUCUGAUUGGCUGAUUACCGGUCAGUUAUUUUCCCAUAUCGGACCGGUUACCAUGACAUUCGGUCCACAACGCGCAUUUUCGUUACAAACCAGGAAGCAAUAAACACGUCGGCCUGAUAUUUCCCCAUACAGACCGGGUAUGCAAGGUUAAUAAUCCUCUAAUCAUUCCCAUAUGAUUCCCUACAAGUCAGCACAGAGUAUAUGCAACUACUUUGCAGCUCUGCUAUAUGGAAAGACUGGGAAUUGGAUAAUCAAUUGACUAUUUGCUGCAAUUAAUGCUGACCUUUUUUUUUCUCAGUCUCAUUUCAAUUCUCAGAUUUAUGGUAAUGCAGUUUGAGGUUGAAAAGUGUUCAUCAGAAACUAAUUUACUGGGAUAAUCACAAUAAACACUUUUAAAUGAGUA